UAUUUAAAAAAAAAAAAAAAAAAAAAUCCAUCAAUUUUACUCAUCGGAAUCGACAUUCUUCAAAAACAUAAGCAUAAGUGACGUCACUUCUGUUCAAGUCGGCCGGCCACGUCGAGGAAAUUUUAUUGUAGGUCAGGCACUAGCUGUAAGAAAUAGCUGACAAAAUGUCUACAAUGGCAGAACAGCCAUGUUACACCUUGAUCAACAUCCCAUCAGAUGCAGAGCCCCCAUCAGAAAUGCAGCUCCGACAAGACCUUGAAAAAGGAGAUAUCAAGACGAAGACGGAGGCUCUGAAGAAAACCGUCCAACAGAUCCUGAACGGAGAGAAACUUCCGUCUCUGUUGAUGACGAUCAUUAGAUUCGUCAUGCCCAUCCAGGAUCACAUGAUCAAGAAGUUGCUUCUCAUUUUCUGGGAGGUGGUCCCAAAAUAUACACCAGAUGGCAAAAUGUUGCACGAAAUGAUCCUGGUCUGUGAUGCUUAUAGAAAGGAUUUGCAGCACCCCAAUGAAUUUAUCCGAGGAUCCACCCUGCGCUUCUUGUGUAAACUGAAAGAGGCCGAGUUGUUGGAGCCUCUGAUGCCGGCAAUUAGACAGUGUUUGGAACACAGGCACUCGUAUGUCCGACGCAAUGCUGUGCUGGCCAUCUAUACUAUUUAUAGAAACCACGAUUCCUUGAUCCCAGAUGCACCUGAAUUGAUUGCUAAGUUCUUGGAAGGAGAACAAGACAUGUCGUGUAAAAGGAAUGCCUUCAUGAUGCUGAUCCACGCGGACCAGGAAAGGGCGCUGAACUAUCUGAGUAGUUGUAUUGAUCAGGUGAACUCAUUUGGAGAUAUCCUUCAACUAGUGAUUGUGGAACUAAUCUACAAAGUUUGCCAUAAUAAUCCCUCAGAGAGAGCUCGCUUCAUUCGCUGUAUCUACAACCUCCUAAAUUCUCAGAGCCCUGCUGUCCGAUACGAAGCAGCUGGUACAUUGGUCACUCUGUCCAGCGCUCCUACUGCGGUCAAGGCAGCUGCUAGUUGUUACAUUGAACUGAUAAUCAAAGAGAGUGAUAACAAUGUCAAACUGAUCGUGCUGGACAGACUGAUAGCACUGAGGGAAGUACCAGCUCAUGAGAAAGUCUUACAGGACCUGGUGAUGGAUAUUUUGAGAGUCCUGAGUGCUCCUGAUUUAGAAGUGAGGAAGAAAACACUGACACUGGCUCUUGAUCUUGUCUCAUCUAGAAACAUUGAAGAGAUGGUUCUAGUUCUAAAAAAAGAAGUAGUCAAAACAAACAAUGUGGAACACGAAGACACGGGUAAAUAUCGACAGCUGUUGGUCCGAACCCUUCAUCAGUGCAGCAUCAAGUUCCAAGACAUUGCUGCCACUAUCAUCCCGGUCCUGAUUGAGUUUCUGGGAGACCAGAAUGAGCUGGCAGCAUUGGAUGUCCUAGUCUUUGUGAGGGAAGCCAUACAGAGGUUUGAGUCCAUGAGGGGGCUUAUCAUCAGCAAGCUGCAAGAAGUCUUCCCAUCCAUCAAAGCCAUGAAGAUCCAAAGAGCUGCACUGUGGAUUUUGGGAGAGUACUGUGAAACUAAUGAAGACAUUCAGAAUGUAAUGACAAUGAUCAGGCAGGCUCUAGGGGAGAUUCCCAUCGUGGAUGAUGAAAUUAAGAAAGCUGCUGGAGAAGUACAAGAUGAUGAGAUGCAGAGUGGAGGACAAGUGCAGAAGUUGGUGACUGCUGAUGGAACUUACGCUACUCAGAGUGCUUUCAGUACCGCCUCCACAUCAUCUAAAAAGGAAGAAAGACCCCCGAUGAGACAGUACAUGAUGGAUGGGGACUUCUUUGUGGGGGCUGCCCUGGCUACUACCCUGACAAAGCUGGCUCUCAAGUUCAUCGCCAACACCAACGACAUGAAGCGACAGAAUUCCCUGGUAGCAGAAUCUAUGUUAAUCAUGGCAGCUAUCAUCCAUCUUGGAAAAUCUGGAUUGCCUGAAAAGCCAAUAACUGAUGAUGAUGUGGACAGGAUCGCCACCUGUCUGAAGGUCCUAGCGGAGAAAUCCCAGCUGAUGGGCGAGAUCUUUAAUAAUGAGUGUAGACAGUCUCUCUCUAUGAUGCUGACCGCAAAGAUGGAGGAAGAGAAGGAAUUGCAGCGGGCCACAGAGAAGAGAACAAUCAAGGUUCAGGCAGAUGACCCCAUUUCAUUUGCUCAGCUUGUCAACAAGGCUGAGAUGGGAGCAACUGAGAACAUGUUUGAACUGACGUUGUCCCAGGCUUUGGGUGUGUCUUCCAAGAAGGACACUGAUCCCAUAGGAGCUUCUCAGCUCAACAAGGUGACUCAGCUGACUGGUUUCUCGGACCCAGUGUACGCAGAGGCCUACGUCAAUGUGAACCAGUUUGACAUCGUACUGGACGUCCUGGUUGUUAACCAGACCUCUGACACCCUGCAGAACCUGACCGUGGAACUGGCAACUCUAGGAGACCUGAAGCUGGUAGAAAAGCCGUCACCGAUGACAAUGGCUCCCCAUGAUUUCUGCAACAUCAAGGCAAAUGUCAAAGUGGCGUCCACAGAAAAUGGAAUCAUAUUUGGAAAUAUUGUAUACGAUGUGAGUGGGGCUGGAAGUGAUCGUAACUGUGUGGUGCUAAACGAUAUCCACAUCGACAUCAUGGAUUACAUAGUGCCCGCUUCCUGUGAUGACACAGAAUUCCGUCAGAUGUGGGCGGAGUUUGAGUGGGAGAACAAGGUGGCUGUCAACACUAAUGUGUCGGAUCUGGCCGAGUUCCUGCAACACGUCCUCAAGAUAACAAACAUGAGGUGUCUGACUCCAGAAAAGGCAUUACAAGGAGACUGUGGAUUUAUGGCUGCUAACAUGUAUGCGAAGUCCAUCUUUGGAGAGAAUGUGUUAGCCAAUCUGAGUAUCGAGAAACCUGCUCACUUGUCGAAUGAUUCGCCAGUUCAAGGUCACAUCCGAAUUAGAGCCAAGAGUCAGGGCAUGGCAUUGAGUAUGGGAGACAAGAUUAAUUUAUCGCAAAAGGCGUUCCCCAAGGGACAGUGAUGUGCAGGGCCUUCUGGACAGUGAUGUGUAGAGGAAUGUAUUGUGGACUGUGAUGUAUAGAAUGAACUGUAGUUAUGACAUUAUAAAUACAAUGUCAUGAAUUGUUGUUUUGGAAUGUAUUGUCUACCCUCUGAUUGAUAACAAGAAAUAAACAUACAUGUAUGUAAA